CUUCUAAUUCAGUACUUUGGCUAAUGUGAAAGACCACACAGACGCUAUGGAGUUGCUUUUUGUGCUUGACAAAAGUGCAUAGAUAGAAGACAGGGAUUCCCGGCUGGGAGGAGGGAGGAGAGCUGAAGAUCCCUGCCUGGGCGCCUGAUCUAAGCAGUCAAAGUGGGAAGCUGAGUGCUUGAAAGAGGAUUAUACUCGCACUAGAAAUAAUCAGUAAGUGAGCGAAUAACCAUUAUGGCUUAGAAAAGGCUUAAUCCCCCUGGGGUUAUGGGGUGAGCUAGAAAAUAUUGCUUAACUCUAGAGUAAAACUUGAAGGCUUCCGACUCUGUGUACAGUUGUCUGCUGUUUGAAGACUAGGGGUUUAAGUGCAAACCCAGAGCUCUAAAUACCUCCUCCCACUCUUGGAAAAUGCCAACUACUACUUACAGUAGUUGGGGAUAUAAUUUCCUUCCCUGACCUAGUCUGUUCCUGGGAAUUUUACUGCUAAACCAGAUAAGGAGUUAGGAUUCAGUUGGAAAGGUGGUAUCUGGUAUUGGCAGAAGAAGCGAUCUUGAAGUAGUUUCUGUGAAUGCUGACAUUGUUGUAUCUAUUAACAGUGAUUUGUUAAUCACAAGAAAGUCUGGCAUGGGGCUUUAAAAAAGGAAAAUUGAAAGCUUUUAUGACAGAGAAGCUGAGUAGUCCAUCUGCGUGAAGUGAAAUAUAAAAAAUGUGUAUAUUAAUAAUGGAUGGAGGGUGUAUUUGAGCAUUAAACUAGAAAAACAGUCAUGGAACAUAGCAGUGCAUGGAUAAAAAUUAGCUAGAAAAGGAGAAAUUAUAGUUUCAAUGACUUUUUGUGCUAUCCAAAAAUUUCACAAUGUUUACAAAGUCAAGGCAAUGAUUCAGGGAUACUUUGAUUACUGUAUUACAUUAUAAAAAUGUUGCUGGGCAAUAUCUGUGGUUCUGUGGUCAGCAAGUUUUGGCAAUGAAGCCACUGCCGCUGGUGCAAAGAAUUCUGGGAUGUCUGACAGUGAAAUGGAUGGAAAGACCCACAUUCCAUCUCUCCUUAAUGCCCUUUUGUCCAGAAAUCGGGUCAUGCAAAUGAGCUACUUGAAAAGUAAAGAAAAAGGAUAUGGAAAACUAAGCAGUGAUGAAGACCUGGAAAUAAUUGUUGAUCAAAAGCAGGGAAAAGGCUCUAGGGCGGCAGAUAAGGCUGUUGCCAUGGUGAUGAAGGAGAUACCGAGGGAGGAGUCUGCUGAAGAAAAGCCCCUCCUUACUAUGACAUCACAGCUGGUGAAUGAACAGCAAGAAAGCAGACCCCUCCUGAGUCCCUCCAUCGAUGACUUUCUCUGUGAAACCAAAUCGGAGGCAAUAGCAAGGCCAGUAACAUCCAACACAGCCGUAUUGACCACAGGCUUAGAUCUCCUUGACCUGAGUGAACCAGUAUCUCAAACCCAAACCAAAGCCAAAAAGUUGGAGGCCUCGUCGAAAACUUCAUCCCUCAAGAAAAAGGCUGAUGGAUCUGACCUCAUCAGUGCAGACGCUGAGCAGAGAAGCCAGGCUCUCCGAGGCUCAGAGACGGCAUCCUUAGACUUAGACAUUCAAACACAACUGGAAAAAUGGGAUGAUGUUAAGUUUCACGGAGAUCGAAAUAGCAAGGGGCACCCCAUGGCAGAGAGAAAAUCAUGCUCAUCUAGAACGGGAUCAAAAGAACUUUUAUGGUCCUCAGAGCACAGAUCUCAGCCAGAACUGAGUGGUGGGAAAAGCGCCCUGAACUCUGAGUCAGCUUCGGAGCUAGAAUUAGUGCCUCCAACACAGGCUCGACUGACCAAAGAACAGCGCUGGGGAAGUGCGUUGCUUUCCAGAAACCACUCCUUGGAAGAGGAAUUUGAAAGGGCAAAAGCAGCAGUGGAGUCAGAUACAGAGUUUUGGGACAAGAUGCAAGCAGAAUGGGAAGAAAUGGCCCGGAGGAACUGGAUAUCAGAGAACCAAGAAGCCCAGAACCAGGUUACAAUCUCAGCUAGUGAGAAGGGAUAUUAUUUUCACACUGAAAACCCCUUCAAGGACUGGCCUGGAGCAUUUGAAGAAGGCUUGAAAAGGCUGAAAGAAGGGGACCUGCCAGUCACCAUCCUCUUCAUGGAGGCAGCAAUUCUUCAGGACCCCGCAGAUGCAGAGGCAUGGCAGUUCCUUGGGAUAACCCAGGCAGAGAAUGAGAAUGAACAAGCAGCUAUUGUCGCCCUCCAGAGGUGCUUAGAAUUGCAGCCCAACAACUUAAAAGCUUUGAUGGCCUUGGCUGUGAGUUACACUAACACUGGCCAUCAGCAGGAUGCCUGUGAAGCCUUAAAGAACUGGAUUAAGCAAAAUCCCAAGUAUAAAUACCUUGUGAAGAGCAAGAAGAGUUCUCCCGGCCUCACCCGGCGAAUGUCUAAGUCUCCAGUUGAUAGCUCUGUUCUGGAAGGAGUGAAGGAAUUAUAUCUGGAAGCCGCCCACCAAAAUGGAGAUAUGAUCGACCCAGAUCUCCAGACAGGCCUGGGGGUGCUGUUCCACCUAAGCGGAGAAUUUAAUAGAGCAAUAGAUGCAUUUAAUGCUGCCUUAACUGUUCGGCCAGAGGACUAUUCAUUAUGGAACCGUCUCGGGGCAACCCUGGCAAACGGAGACCGCAGUGAGGAAGCUGUGGAAGCCUACACACGAGCACUGGAGAUUCAGCCUGGCUUCAUCCGGUCCAGAUACAACCUAGGGAUAAGCUGCAUCAACCUGGGCGCCUACAGAGAGGCGGUCAGCAAUUUUCUCACAGCCCUCAGUUUGCAAAGAAAGAGCAGGAAUCAACAACAAGUUCCUCAUCCUGCAAUCUCUGGGAAUAUCUGGGCUGCCCUCAGAAUCGCCCUUUCUCUGAUGGACCAACCGGAACUCUUCCAGGCAGCUAAUCUUGGUGACCUGGAUGUCCUCCUAAGAGCUUUCAACUUGGAUCCUUGAAGGAAAAGAAAAGAUUAAAAAAUAAUAAUCCCUCAUCUGUAUAAUUGUACUGAGAAAUGCAAAACUAUUUCAUUAUGAAUUCCAAAAAGGAUAAAACGGAUGUUCAAAAGGCCAUGGUGAUAUAACCCAAGGGAAUUCCUACAGACAAUGCCCAGUCUCUGUUCAGAUCCAAAAGCACAAAAUGUUGUAUUUAGAGUCAAGGUCGGGCUCGAAAGAAUUGAGAGACACAAGACAAACCAAGAUAAAGUACCUGUGUGUGAACGCUCUUCCCAGGCUGCAAGCAUAUUGCAAGUCUGUUCUUUGGGGGUUUUGUCCCCACUAAUGACAUAUCUAAGGAAUUUGUUUAUGGGACACCUGGAGAAAGCACUGCCUCAGAUCAGGGAAUUCUGACCAUUUCUGAACUGUCCCCUGAAAUUCCUUCUUUUACCAGAUUGAACAUAAUGUGGGCCAAGGUGCAUGCACAUAUAUUAACUCCUGACUGAAGAGAAGCAUUGCUUAAACCUGUUCCAAUUUUAACUUUUACUGUAGCCUUUGAUUCCAGAGAGGGAGCUUUGCUGGCAAAAGCAGUUUUUGCACUAGGAAUUUUUGCUGUUCCCAAUCAAAACUUUUCUGGGACUGUAUAUAUAUGCACUUUAAUAUCUUAUUUAUGCCUUGCUGGAGUUUUGUUUUGUUGCUCCAAUUUUUAACUUGGGGGUGAAAGAUUUGAGAACUCUGCUUUGUUAGAUCAACGGACCAAAUAAAAACUCCUGAAAAUAGUUUUUCAUAGUGUAGGGUUUUGAAGGAGUGUUUUUCUUAAAGCAGAUAUGGUAUAGGGUGCAAAUAUGUCAAACACAGAUCUUCUUAUUCACAUGCUUUUCUGGGACUCUAUGAACAUAAACAAGAGAUAAGUUCGCAUCUCUUCACAAAUUCUCUGCAGGGAGAAAGUUUGAUGAUAUUGUGACUUGUACUGAGUUAACAUUAGCUUGUUUAAAUAUCAUAUUUUCCCUUGCUUUCUUAACUGCCCUGCAUAUCAACAUUCCUUUUAAACUCUUAAUAUUUUAAAUAGUAUUUCUUAAGAAUGAUAAAUAACAUCUUCUAAAGAUUAUGUGUUUUCUUAGUUCCAUCAUCAUCUGCACUGCUCACCCUUUUGCAUUCUAAGUGAUAGAAUAUCAAUAUUUUCUGGCUAAUGUCAGUGGUUUAAUAUGAAAGAUGCAUGCCUGCCUCUCACUUUGAACAUUUUCAAGUAUCAGGAAUUUUCUGCUGGCAGUGGUAUCUUAUUGAAUCGGUUACAUUCCACUCAGUUCUUCAGUGUUUUGUGCCUGUUGGGAGUUUGGUGAUUAUUUGGAAAGACAUCAUUUUUUAAAGAAUUAGACAAAUUGUUUGCAAGAUGCUAUCCCAAAUAUAAUUUCCCUGAUGUCCAGUUCCAGUAAUUUGUCCUGCUAAGUUGUCCUGUUCUUCAUUGUGUCUCCUUCCUCCCUCCACAAUCUUCCCCAAAGCACUUUGAUCCCAACUUUUUCUUCAUGUAGUUUAGUCAGUAAGGGCUGGUUACACUCAUGAUUAUAGGUACCAUGCAAAACAGCAUUUGGGUCAAGAGUUUAAUUGACUGGGGAGUUGGCUUCUACUGGGGAGGGGAGAGGAAAUGUACACACAUGCUGAGACAGGUGGAAAUCCUCUAGAUACAGGUAGAAAUCCACUCUUCUGUAUGUUGGAAGUCUCCAGGGUAGGAAGGGGCGCCAAGAACAUAUGAAAUCACAAGUCCUUGAGGCUUCCAUACAUCAUAACCUAUUGUAGUUUAAAAAGACAAAGAGAUGAGGGCACUGUGGUGGUACCAGGCUUUUAUCUUCAUGUCAGAGUGCACUUUGGGCCAGGUGAUGCCUCCAGCUGGCCAGCAGAAGCAGGAGCAUUAAGGCAUUCACUGUUGGGCAGGAGUCACAACCCAUUCAUGGCCUGCCUGCUGCUUCCCUGCAGUCUGAGAAGCAAAGUAAGGCUCAACAGUACUUUCUAAAGAAUAAGUGGUAUUCAUUACCAGUUUAGAAUCCUGAAGCCUCCAAACCAUGGGGCAGCCUCCAAACCAUGACAGCUGCCUGCUUGAGUAUCCCUGACAGAAUAGCAUCCAUUCUCUGUGUUUUCUUCCUCCCAGUCCCUGUGCAGUUCCUGGCUGGCCAGCUGACAGCAUAACCCAUCACAAGCCAACAUUACAGGUGUUCUGUUUAUGAUGUCAUUCUGGACUCUGAAUAGCCACUGAAUUUGUAAUAGGCUUCUUUCUUAGCCUUGCUGCCCUGCCUACAUGAGAUCAGUAACAAAUUUAAAGCCCGACAGUAGGGUAAAUGCAGGAUAUUUUGAUUUAAUUUGGUGAUUGCUAAGUGGUGGCAGAUUUUACAGCCCAAUUUUUAUUUUGCUUUUGGAAUACAAAGUAACUUCAAACUUCAAAGUGUUGUGUUAGAGAGUAGACAAUGUUCCAUUCCCAUCAUAAUUUGGAAACUUGCUGGUCAUUCAGUACAAUUUUCUCUAAUACAACUGUCCAUCAGAACCAAGAUUUUC